AUGCACUCCACUCCGGCUCCGCAACUCGAUGCACUGAGCGUCUUGCCGCCCGAGAUCCUCACCGCCAUCUUCCUGCAACUCGACGACCCUCCAACACCUUUGUCCCGCCGUCUCCUGCCCUACUCUCGCGCCGCCCGACUCCAGCAUGUCGAGAUUUCCUCUUAUAAGCAGCUCCUCCUCUUCGUUCGGACGCUCAGCACGGUGCAAGGGACAGGCAGGCUCGUCAAAUCCUUCUCGACGAACCUGCGGGAGGAGACGGAGAGGCUCAUCGCGAUCGAGCGGCCGACGCUUAACAGCCUUCUCGGCGAUGCAUUCGCACUCAUGCCGGCGGUGAAAGAGGUCAUCGCGACCAACUGGGUCGUCUCGUCGUUCAUCCUCUCCGAAGGGACGCCCAAGAGUCUAUCCCGCUCGAUGCGCAACCUCCGGAUCUCCCUCCUCCUCGGCCAAAUCACCAACACCGACUUUAUCACCUACCGCCUCGCCCUCCUCUCCCGGUACGAAGAACUACGCAAACUCGAGAUCAUGGUCCUCCCCUACGACCCCGGCGCGAGUGCCGCAGUUGCCUUCGACCUCUUUCCCGCCAACGACCUCGCGCCUCCGCCUCUCGACAUGGAUCGCAUCUCGCAGGUUGAGCACCUGACGCUCGGAGGACCGUUGUGCGAUCAGCGAGUCGUUAACGUCUUGCGGGCGUUCGAGGGUCUCGCCGAAGUCACCCUCUACGAUUCCUUCGCAUCGAAACAUGUCGCGGGCGCUGCAGCCGCCAUCGACACGUCAAACUUGCGGUCUCUCCGACUACUGCGCCUCGUCGGAACUCCUCCGCCUGUGGACCUCCCGAUGCAACAGACCGACUGGACGCGCUACGCCAACUUGCGCGAACUCUUCAUCGGCAUGCCCGUCUGCACCGACGAGCUCGCCACGACUCUCGCCGCAGCGCCUCACCUCGAAGAGCUCUAUUUCGGGGGCUACUCGGAUCCUACCGCAAGCCAAAUUCGGCACAUCCUCCACCACCGGCCUCCCUCCCUCCGCCUCCUCUCGCUCUCGCAUGUCACAGGCGAAGUAGGCGAGCCCAUCACUCCCGCCAGCCUUCCCUCCAUCUCCAUCUGGCUCGACGCCGUUCGAGCACUCAACAACGACCCAACAAGCACAAACGUCGUACCCGUCUUUCCACUCCUCGACUGGCGCCUCCCAGCAUGGACCGAAUCCUUCACUCCCUCCGACGCAGAGUCGCUCUUUCCCCUCGCACGACAGGCGGGCAUCACGCUUGCAGGCUCACUCCUCUCGGCGGUUCUGACGACGUACGUUCUGGAGCGGCAGUUGGACGUCUGGCAGGGACAGGUCGAUGUAGGAGGCGAGGAGGCGAUCGAUGAGGAGACGAAGCAGGUGAUGGCUAGUAAGCCGUUUUGGGAUGCGCUGAGUUUGAGGUACAAGGCGAGGUUGCUGGACGAGCGGACUUGGGGGAUUGGCGAGGCGGGAGAGGAUGCGAGGAUGGCGGAGGUGUAG